CGAAAGGCAAAAGGCAACGCGAGCCAUCACUCUUGUUUUUUUUUUUGCCGUGCCAUCACCUCGCACGAUGGCACCGCGUACGACUCGCGCGGCCACAGCUGCCAAGCGUCGCGCUGCGAGUAAGAAGGUGGACUCUACUCGCUCCUCUCGUCGCCAAGAAGCCGCAAAGGAGGACGAGUACAAAGCGGAAGACCCAGACUCGGAUCACGUCGUGGAGCAACAGACUCAGAAUCAGACGCCACAGAGAAACCGAAUCAGACAUGCCACUGCCUCGGGCGAAGUGUUUUCCGGCAAUUAUUUAUCACGAACAGGACGCAACUCGUCUGCAUUGAGCAAAAAACUGAAACAAAUGUGGCAAACGUUGCAAAAAACCUCGAGCAAACUGCAACAACGCGAAGACGGAGUGUUGGACGUCAAUGCAACACGCCAACUGCAACUCGUAGCGGCCGAACUGCUGCAGAACAAGCUACUGCAACACCAGGACGCACUUGUGCGGUCCCUUGUGGCUUGUUGCCUGGUGGAAAUCAUGCGUAUAUCGGCUCCUGACUCGCCUUUUGCCUCGGAUGAGGACCUCUAUCGGGUCUUUAAGCUGCUUAUCGAGCAGAUACGAGAUCUGUCCUCAGAACAAACCACAACAUCGAGAGAUCUGCACCAUUUCCACGUGUUGGAGAGCCUGGCAACAGCGAAAUCGUGUCUAUUAGUGGUCAGUCUGGACUUUACCACUGUGGAAACCGAAUCAAGAGUGAUGGUCCAAUUGUUCGACGCUCUUUUUGACACACUUCAAGAAGAUCACUCCGCCAAGGUGGAAAACCUGAUGCUCACUAUCAUGGUGGCGUGCAUCGAAGAGAGUGACGAAGUGGAACAAUCACUCCUGGGUGUGAUUUUGCGCCCGCUAGUGAAUGGGGCAAAUUCGCAACUUGAAAACGAGAAUGAUGGUCAAAAUGCCACAAGUCCAUAUCACAUGGCAAAGGAACUGAUUCGCCGCACCAGUGAAAUUUUGCAAAACCCAUUGUCAAAUUUCUUCAACAAUAUUCUAGUUGACGGCCCUGGUUUGCAACAAUCUUCAGAGCUCAAGGAACACGUGUACACUCUCAUCUACGAGGUGCACAAGAUCAGCCCGUCCUUGCUGCUCUACGUACUGCCCAACGUGUGUCUGCAACUGCAAGUGGACGAAGUGGCCACUCGCUCGGACGCAAUCGCUCUGAUGGGCAAAUUAUUUGCGUCCUCACACGCAGAUUACGGCCAUCAGUACAUGAAAAACUUCCGAGAUUUUCUGGGUCGAUUCCGCGACGCAAGUAAGGAAAUUCGACUGCAAAUGAUCCAACUGAGUGUACGCAUUUGGGAGAAGAAGCCGGACAUGGCCGAUCUAUUGGAAAAGGAGUUUAUCUUGCGGCUAAGCGACCCGGAGUGGGAAGUGCGGCAGCUUGUGGUGCAUGAACUGUGCGACUUUGCAGCGAACUGCUUGGAUCUCAUCAGCGAGGAGUGUCUGCGAGCGGUUGGAGAGCGCAUGAAGGACAAGAAAGUCGUCUUGAGGAAAGAAACCAUGACGGGGUUAAGUCAAGUGUUCAGCGCGCACAUUUCUUCGUAUUGGGAGGACGAAGAGCGGCUGUUGUCGCUGAAUCAGCGCAACAUUCCGGCUGAAAACAUCAAGAAACUCGGCUGGAUUCCAGACUUUGUGCUGAAAUGUUACGCGUAUCCUCAGCAAGAGCUGAAGCUGCGUGUGAUUCAACUUGUAGACGACUUUCUGCUGCCCAAGGCGCUGUCUGAACACACUCGCGCGAACGGCCUUUUGUUCCUCUUCCACUCACUGGAUGACACGUCGAAGGAAGCUUUACGUCGGAUCUUCAGUGAACGCGCCAAGUGUCAACAGGUUUGCAGGAAGUUCGUGGAGUUUAAAGUGCAGAAUCGACACAAAGGACGCGCCACUGACGGCGACGACGCUGCUCUGGAACAGGCGAAGCAGCUGCUGUGUGACGGACUGAGCCCGCUGUUCUCUGACGUCUCUAGACUGGGUAAACUAGUGGAUAAGUUCUCGAAGUGGAAGGAUCACAGUGUUGUCAAGCACUUGGGCGAGUUGUGUGACUUCUCCAAGACUCAGCGUGAAGCUCGUCAAGCGAGAGACCAGUUAGUUCGCAGCGUGGGGUCCAAGACUCCACUGGGCGAGUUCUUGAAGAAGCUGUGUCGAAAGCUUUCGCUACUGACGAUGAGUCAGACUUCAGUCGCUGUCUUGUUGGAUUUCUUGGUGUUGAAAGAGGCUCGACCGGCGAGAGAGAACCGCAGUAUUGUGGACUUGUUAGUGAUGGCGUCAGGCGAACUACCGGAGCUGUUUGCCCCAUUUAUCCGUGACAAGAUCGCGGCAGUUCUAGUCGAUAGAAGCGGUAAUUUAUCCGACGAAGAGGACGAGGCCGUGCCGAAGGACCCACGAGUGGCCCUUGGAGCGUUGCAUGUGCUGGCCAACUACUCUCGUCAUUGGGCUUCAAGUGGUCUAGAUGACGACAGCAACUCGCCGUCAGCAGAAUUAUCACAGCAGCUUGAGAAAUUCUGUCUUGGAGACAGCGACGUCGAAGCACAGAACUUUAACUCUGCCAAGGAAAGUCGAGCAGCUGAGUUGGCGGCGUUUGCUGUUGCUCAUUACUAUGGACGAGCGGAGACUACGAUGGACUUAAUCAGUAAGUUGUGCUCGAAGACGAAGCCUAAAGCCAGAGUGUUGCCGGCGUUGCAGAGUCUCGAAGUGUUCACGAAGUACUGCAGCCAUGUUUUUACAGAGGACAGAGAGCUGUUCUCUCGUCUAUGGACGAAUUUACUCGAUGUGAUUGGUAAGGGCGAGCAGAAUACUCCAGGCACACCGGGGACACCGAAGGGCAGUAGACCGGCGGUAAAGUUAGUGGAAAUUCGCUGUUCAGCCAUCAAAGUGGCGGUGAAUCUGCUCGUGUACUGCUGGUCUACUGCCUCCCAAGAAGACGCUGGCAAGUUGAUACAAUUGUUGUUUGGAAUCUUACGUAGCGACGGGAAGACAUUCGCCUCCACUCCUGCUCAGACGGCUGCGUUCCGAGCUACAGCGUCGUGUGGCUUGAUGAAGAUCAUGCGCAAUCGACAGCUAGAAGCCACGAUCUCCGUGUCUGAGUGGCAUCUAGUAGGCUUCACACUGCAAGACUCAAGCGAGGAUGUUCGACGAAGGUUUUUGAAGAAAUUAACAGCACAUUUGAUGAAGCACUCUGCUCAGCACCCGCACAAGUACCUCGCUUACUUGACGUUAGCUGCUACAGAUGCCAGCUCCAGUAUCAAGAAAAGUGCCAAGAAUUUACUGAAAAUCGCCGUGGAACGCAUGCGCCGCUUGUUCGAUGCUGCAUCGGAGAUGUCCAGUCCAAGACAAACCGGUUUGAGUGCUGUUAUGGUCCCGGAGUACGCUUUACCCUACGUCAUCCAUCUCCUGGCUCACCAUCCUUCGUUCCCAGUGAAGCUGGUGGAGAGAACGCCGACUGUGAUGGUAAUAAACAGCGCUCUGUGGGCUGAUCAGCUGGCGUAUCUGAGCUUCUUCCUCGACGGUCUGGUCUCUACAAAUGCAGCAGCGGCAGACAACAUCGCCUUCUUACUGCAGAUUCUGACCAAACUCUCGCAAUGUCACGACGUGAUGUCCCCCAACGACGUUAAUAUUUAUCCUCUGAUCGACAGCACGGCCGCGUUACUCAAGAAGAAAAUCAAGAAACAGUCCAACUUGAAGCCAUUCCCAGGCAAGAUUUUCCUGCCUAAACAUCUCUACAGUCCAGGAAGACCAAGUACACUCGCGACGCCAGGCGGGAGGAAGGAGCCGGAAGCGCCUGAGUCGCUGAAUGCAGCACGCGGUUCAAGACUCAGCGUGCGUAUUUUAUUUUUUCUUAAUAUUUGUGGUUACUCAUGUUGUUAAUUUUUUUAUUGCAGACUUCUCUGUCGCCGAUCAAGCCGAUGGAUUUUGCUGCGCAUUUUAUGAAGUUGAAUUCUCCUCCUGGUAGCUCGUUGAAGAGCUCUCUGAAUAAACGCAAACGCUCCCUGCUAAGAGAAGAUGCAGAGGAGAAGAGAGAGGAGAAUGAAGACGAGACUAUGACACCACCUCGACGCCAGUCGGUGCUUGGAACGGCUCGGCCAGUGAAACGCACGUAUGCGGAUGAUUCCAGCGAUAGUGAAGCGGAGUCGUUGGUGCCAGGCUCGGCGUCUUCGCGCUCUCGUGUGGAGCUAGCAUCGACACUGCGUUCGGUUGCUUCACGCCAAGUGAUUACGGAGACGAUUGGUGAAGAGAAAGAAGAGGAGAAUGAAGCACCAGCAAAGAAACGCAUGACAAACAAGGGACCUGUUGCUGAUGGCAUGGCUGACGAUGAAAAGCCACGACUUCGAUCAGAUCAACGCCACCACGUUCAACCAACGGACAGGCUUUAAAACUGGCAAACGCCGUAACUUUAUUUUAGCAUUUAGUUUUUAUUUACCACUAACGUUGGCAAGUUUUAUUGUGCGGUUCACUAUCGGUUUCCAUUUCCAAUA